ACUAAUAAUAAAGUAGAAUGAUUAUAACAACAUAUUAUAAUAAAAGUUAUGUGAACAUGGUCUCUCUCCUCAGGUUCUUCAACUCUGCCAGAAAUGUGGCAGUGGCCUCUUCAUUGGCAGACACAGCCUCUCCAGUAAUUUUUAUAUUUUUCAGUCUAAACCUAUUCCUGAAUCUGUGUAACCAUCCUUUAUUUGCAGUAAAUGGUGUGGUGUCACUCAUUUCAGGGGAUCUCUUGCUGAAGUUUUUGUAGAUGUUCAAUGUUUUCUGGCCCAACAUAUUGCUGUCAGUUGGAACAUAUACUGUUCAUGUCCUCCAUCCACAAAUUUAAUGCCUUUUCCAUUCUAACUAAGCACUUAUGCACUGUGGCUAUAACUUUUGCACUCUGAGGUACGACAGCAAAACUAGCACAAAUUUUCCUUCUUCACAAUUUCACAGAUAGAAGACUCGUUCUUACCAUAGAUUUUAGCAACCUCAGCAUAUGAGCAUACAGUUUUUUUCUUAUUAAGUUUAAAACUUUCACUUUUUCACUUAGAGGAAGCACUUUGCAACUUCUUUGGCAUAUCUGAAUAGCACGCAUCACUACUCUGGCUCUUUGGGAACAUUAAAUAAAUAAUAAUAAGGUGACCUGAACACAAGCACUGCAAUACCAUGACAGUCAAUCUGAUAACUGAGCUGGCUAGUGACUAACAGAUGGGAUUCACUGGACAAAGGGAUGAUUCACAUCCCAAGCAGGAUGGACUGAGCUAAGGAGCUGGCAUGAGAUUUCAUCAUAGUACUCAAAAUGGCGUGCAAUUUAAAACUUAUGAAUUGUUUAUUUCUGGAAUUUUCCAUUCAGUAUUUUCCAACUGCAGGUAACUAAAAUAUCAGAAAGUGAAACCACAGGUAAUAGGGGGACUGCUGUAUGUGCGUUUGCUGGUAAGAAAGGAGAAGUAGUAGAAACUGGAGAAGGCAAUAGAAAAGGGAGAGGGAAAGGAAGAUAGAAAACUAAAAUAUAAAGGAUAAAACACAUAACCAUGAGUGUUUUAUUUUAGGCCCAACUCCUGUUUUUUCUGUUGGACAAGGAAAAGAUGUUCGGUCAAGAAGGUGCCAGUAAGGAGAAAGGAGAGGGACCAAGAAAGUGGAGGUCUCUAUAAAUUCAAAGGAUAGACGAAUGGGAGUAAAUAAAUUUUUUAAAAGAAAGAAAGAUUGACUUGGUACCCUGAGGAGGCUCCUGGGUCAAAGCAGUAAAAGAGAUAGAGUGAUGGAAGAUUGUAGUUAAAAAGGAGAAUUGACUGUAGUCAAGCAGGAGAAUACUUGUGUCAAGUUUCAGGUUUCAGUGGCUGAAGAUGAAGCUCCUUGAGGUUGAAGAUCUAAAUAAAACUAGUGCAGGAAGUUGGAGAAGAACAUCAAUAUAUAUGCUAAAAUUACCAAAGAUGAUGGCAGGGGGAGAGGAAAAGAUGAGCUUGGUACAAAUGUUCUGUACAUUAGCAGCAAUGAAGAUGCAGGUGUGGAUUUCAAGAGAAGAUGUUGAUAAAUGGUGAUCGUGGAAUAUUUUUCCAAAAGCAGCGAUAUGGAGUAUUGCUCUUUGCUCUUUGAGUAGGAACAACUCAUUACUUGGGAGAAGGCUGUAAAACAGGGGAUGUCUGUGUGGAUGAGUGGGGAUAGUAAAGGUAAAGCGAUAAAAGGACUGCUCGAGAAAAAAAUGGAAAAUAUAGGGGAAUAUGUUGGUAAUGAGUAGGGGCUAGAAGACGACGGGCAACUAGCAAUGAAGUUAAUGUGGAAAGGGGGAAGGGCUGAGCUGAAUGAGUGCUGGAGGGAUUUUCAAGGGGAAGGUGUUUGCAAUGGCUGCUACUGUGAACUUGGAACUUGAUCCCAUUUUUUUGAAAGCACUAGGCUUCUUACAUUCAAAGAGUAAGGAUUCUGCUGAAAAGCUAAAAGCACUGCUUGAUGAAUCUUUGGCUCGGGGCAUUGAUUCAAGUUACCGUCCAUCUCAAAAGGAUGUGGAACCACCCAAAAUUUCAAGCACAAAAACUGUUUCCAUUAAGCAAGAGCCCAAAACAUCAUCCACUCUUCCUUCUGGCAAUAAUAAUGGCAAGGUCCUAACAACUGAAAAGGUAAAGAAGGAAGGUGAAAAGAGACCUGCUGAUAAAAUGAAAUCAGACAUCACUGAAGGAGUUGAUAUUCCAAAGAAACCUAGAUUGGAGAAACCAGAGACACGGUCCUCUCCCAUUACUGUCCAAACCAGCAAGGAUUUAGCUAUGACUGACCUUUCCAGCUUUGAGGAGACCAGUGCUGAUGAUUUUGCCAUGGAGAUGGGAUUGGCCUGUGUUGUUUGUAGGCAAAUGACAGUGGCAUCUGGUAAUCAAUUAGUAGAAUGUCAGGAAUGCCAUAAUCUCUACCACCAAGAUUGCCAUAAGCCGCAGGUGACAGACAAGGAAGUGAAUGACCCUCGCCUUGUGUGGUAUUGUGCCCGGUGUACCAGACAAAUGAAAAGAAUGGCUCAAAAAACUCAGAAACCACCACAGAAACCAGCCCCCACAGUUGUUUCUGUAGCUCCUGCUGUUAAAGAUCCAUUGGUUAAGAAACCAGAAACUAAACUCAAGCAAGAGUUAACUUUUCUAGCAUUUAAGAGAUCAGAAGUCAAGACAUCCACGGUUGUUUCAGGAAAUUCUUCUAGUACCAGUGUUUCCUCUUCAGCAACUAGUGGCCUAACUGGAUGGGCAGCUUUUGCAGCCAAAACUUCUUCUGCUGGUCCAUCCACAGCAAAAUUGAGUUCAACAACCCAAAACAAUAGCGGGAAACCUGCUACCUCAUCAGCUAACCAGAAGCCCGUGGGUUUGACUGGUCUGGCAACAUCAUCCAAAGGUGGAAUAGGUUCCAAAAUAGGUUCCAGUAACAGCACUUCACCCACUGUACCACUGAAACCACCUCCACCUCUAACUUUGGGCAAAACUGGCCUUAGUCGCUCAGUUAGUUGUGACAAUGUUAGCAAAGUAGGUCUUCCCAGUCCAAGUAGUUUGGUUCCAGGAAGCAGCAGCCAACUAAGUGGGAAUGGAAAUAGUGGGACAUCAGGGCCUAGUGGAAGUACCACUAACAAAACCACUUCAGAAUCAAGCAGCUCUCCCUCAGCAUCCCUUAAAGGUCCAACUUCACAAGAAUCACAACUCAAUGCCAUGAAGCGAUUACAGAUGGUCAAGAAGAAGGCUGCCCAAAAGAAACUCAAGAAGUAAUGUGGCCAAGUAGGUUUUUAUAUCAUAUUACCCUAAAGAUUAAAAUCUUAUUAUUAAGACAUAAACUGUAGUAUACUAUAAUUUAAUAAAAAUCUUCAUAAUGAAAUUUAUUAUUUCUUACCUUAAAAUGCUAAUUAGUAGUUAAUGAAACUUGGAAAUGUUUAUUUUAAAUCUGUUUAGCAUUUUUCUUUUGACAGUUUUCAUAGUAUGUGAAAACAAUGAUUAGAAUGACUAAUUCUCGAUGAAAACUUCUGGAAUUCCAGAAGACUGAUAGCAUAUGUGAAUUUUUUUUAAAAAUUCAUCUUCUGGCAAAGUCCCAAUAAUUGAUCCUGCUGAAUAAGAUGCCUUACAAAGAGCCAGGGAUGACCCAAGUUUUCUACUCCCUGCCCUGCCAUAGUCUGGAUAUUCAUUGGCAGUCCCAGCCUCAUUUCAAUUGAUUCUCCCUCUCCCCCCAAAUAUUUCAUCUCCCCAUUUUCAAAAUUAAUUUUUCAUAAUUGACUUCUCAUAUCCCUGUAUUAUGUUUUUACCUUUUUGUCACCUCAUAUCAGUUAUUUAGGGAUUUAUCUCUUCCAAUAGAUUGUGAACCCCCAUGCCCUUUCAGUGCAAUAGUUUUCUCACAUUUCCCAGUUUCAUCACAUUGCCAGUGUAACAUAUGCACAUAGUAUAUGCUUAAUAAAUGUUGACUUUUGAUUUUUCCUGGUUACACACAUUCCUGAGAAUUCUUGAGGAAAAUACCCAUUCCAAGAGUUUUUGUGGAUGGAUAAUUUCUGAUUUGUUUACAUACUGAUAGCAUCUUCCUAUACCAUGAAAAAAAAGGCGAUUUUAUUUUUACUGCCCAAAAUAUUACAGCAAUUUACCUAAUUUUAGUUAACUUUGUAUAAAAGAAGCUCCCAUAUAAUGAUUAAUUCUUGAGAUUCUUUUGAAGUGUGUGUGUGUACAUUAAGUCAGAAAGUAUGAAGGGUCUGAGUUGUUGACUUUUUGCAAGCUAGCAAAUUAUCCUGCUCUUGUUUUACAUACAUACUCUGACAGAAGACAUGAGGCUUUCUGGAUCAGAGCAAUAGCAAAAUGUAGCAGCCAUUUUUAUAUAUUUUAUACUUCAUGAAUACCUCAUUUCAUCCAGAAACUAGAAGUCCAGCAAAUUCCUACAUUCACUAGACUGAGCAGCCUUUUUCUUUCAGCUUUGAUGUAUGCAACUAACACUUCACUAUAAACCUCUGAUCUCAAACCCUUUCCCUUAAUUCCUAUAUUUUCCUCAUGUUAUUAUUCUAAAAUAUAUUGAUAAAUGAUUUCUGUGAAUUUAAAGCUUUUUAAAGUAAACUUGGUCUUUUUUAAGGAAAGAUAUUUUAAACUGCUUUGUUAAAUAAUGGCACUAAAUUAUUCAUGGUAAAUUACGAUUCAGUACUGAAAUAAUCCAUUGCUUACAAAGUGGAGUAAACAUCUAUUUACAUGUUUAAAAUCUGCCUGCAGAUGUUUUUGUUUUGAGAAACUCAGAUUUCUGUGGAAUAAAUACCAAUUUGGCAUCAACUCCAAGUCCCCUUUAGUGUCAAAAGACCAAAAAAAAAAUGUAUAUUCAUCAUUAUUUGCUUAUAGUUCAGGGCCAGUUUGGACUAAACUGGAUAAAACGACAGUGUGACACAAGUUCAUCUCAACAACUAUAACAGUUAAUAUAACCUCAGUACCUACAAGAAAUUAAAGCAAUAAUGCAGACAGUUGUACAUUGGCAAUUGGCACCUGUAAUGGAAAAUUUUAUCCCAUCAUAGUCAAAACAUCUGCUGAAUAGAGUUGAAAAGAGAAGCAAUUAUUUUACUUUCUAUAGUAUUUCAGAGAAGACUUUAGAAAACUUUAGGAAGUAAUUUAACUUUUAUUGAGCAUGGCUCUUUGUAUAGAUUAUGUGUAUAAAUAUAUAUUUAGAAUCUUCACAUAUGUGUAGGAUGCAUACAUCUAGUAAUGUAUAACUCACUCAGUUUGGUACUUUAUAGAGGUAUAUUUGGUAUUAGAGUUUAUCCUCAAGUAGCUCUUAGACCUUGAUUUUACCGUAUCAUUAAGUGAGCUACAAGGCUUUUUAACUGAGCAUGUGAUGAAAGUGGCCAGCUUUAUAUUAAUAAUAUUUAUCACUUCUUUUAUUCUGUUAUGUAUCGUUUGUUUUUCCCAUCGAAUUUAAAUUGUGUGACGGCAAGGAUUUUGUUUGUCUUGCACACCAUGGUAUUCCCACUGCAGCUUUUGGCUCAGUGAAUGAAUAGACAGAUAUAUAGCUGAGCCAAAAAGCAAGCUUUUAGGAUUGUAAGUUCAAAUCCCAUUUUAGUAGAAAUUUGGUCAAUAUCACUUUUCUGUUUUGUAUAUCGUGCUUUCCAUUAGAUUAUUUAAUCAGAUAAUAUAGUGACUUAAAGAAAACGUUAAAAGAACACUGGCUUAAAGUCAGAAGACCUGUUUUUGAAUCCCAGUCCCUCCAUGUAUUAGCUGUGUAAUCUUGGUUUCCCCCUGUAUGAUGAUAAUGAAUGAGAUCAAAUGAAAGACCUCUAAUAUUCAAAGGUUAGGUGAUUCUGACUCUUAACAAGGAUGUGGUAGUACUGUUUAUUGGUAACAGAUUAUAAACUGUGAUGACCAUAGGUUAUAUGGGAAAUACAUCAUUUUAUAGAAAUACACUUGGUGCAAUAAUUAUAAAAAUUAUAUAAGCAAGUAGAGAAAGCCAUACAUUUACAUACCAUAAUAUUAUUUCUUUAAAGUAAGAUAAGCUGUAUUUAAUUAACUAAGAAUACAUUCCCUAGAUUUUUGAACAAGAACAUCUUAUUCUGGUAUAUACUAAAAUGACUUAUUUUCCUGAAAAAUUAAAGCAAAUUUUGUCUGUAUCUAGAGUGUAAUAUUGUGUGUGCAGUAACUGGCUUACAGAGACUCAGCUUGAAUUCCUGGAGUAAAGAUUUUUAUAUUGGAAUAAUCUUGUAGAUCACAGAGAAUUUAAUGACUGGCUUUUUAUAUAUAUACUAUUUAGUAUAUAUAAGAGGAGGGAGAUAAUUUAAAAAAUUUUUUUAAAUAGACUUUAAAAAUAGUAUCAUUCCAUAAGUAGUAGGAUAUCUCGAGAGUAUAAAGUCUAGUGUCCUUCCAAUCAAUCAAAUUUAAUUCCUUCCUCAUCAACUAUAAUGUAAACUUAUAUGCCUAAUUUAGCUUAAAUUUUGUGAGGUUUCUAGAUGUAUUCAGUAUUGAAGGGUGCACUGAGUGCCUUAAGAAACUGUAGUUAUGACAAACAGGAUUUAAGUAAAGUGGUUUUGCCAUCUUAGAAUAUGAAGAUUUCCUCUCUUUACUCACAGAACUUUGAGAGGUUUUUGCAAUUGACAGAAGUCCAAGAAGUUUAUGGAAAAGUGAAGAGUUUUUAAUUCCAUGUUUACUAAUUUUUGUAAAUCAUCUAAAUAUUCAUCACAAAUAGUGACAAGCAUCUCUAAAAGUCCAAGUUAUAGUUUAGGGAAGAUAUGGAAUAUACCAGCACUUAAAAGUAUUCCAUGCAAUGCUGCAUUUAUAUGAUUAACAAUGUGCAUUUUAUCUCUUCCGCACAAUUCCUCCUUCAUAGAAUUUUUAUACUAAGACCAGAUAUUUUUCUAAAAUAUAAGGAAUGUUCAUAUAGUGGCCUUGUGACUUUUUCACAUGACUUAAGCACCCAUGGUAACUUUGUAUUACUGUUUUUUUUAUAAUUUCUAAACUUUAUUAUGUGUAUAGUUUAAGGCAUCUGUAUUUAAAAAUAAAUACUAAAUAAAAUGUAUAUAUACA